AUGGAGGAGGCCUGGUCCGGGCGGAGGGCUGCGGGCCUCCGGGGGCGGCUGAGGGACGGCGACGGAGCAGGGACGGGCACCAUGGCGGCUGUCACGCCCGAGCUCUUCGAGGAGCCCUUUGUGGCAGAUGAGUACAUUGAACGCCUGGCAUGGAGGACUCCCGGAGGAGGUUCCCGAAGUAGCGUGGAAGCUUUUGAUCCCAAAAGAUUACAAGAAGAAUUUGUGAAUCAUAUCAAUGAACUCAAGUUGCUAGAUGAAAGAAUCCAGAGAAGAGUGGAAAAGUUAGAGCAGCAAGUCCAGAGAGAAGCCAAGGAAUUUGCCAAGAAGGUUCAAGAGUUGCAGAAAAGCAACCAGGUUGCCUUCCAACACUUCCAAGAGCUGGAUGAGCAUGUCAGCUACGUGGCAACUAAAGUCUGUCACCUUGGCGACCUGCUGGAGGGGGUAAACACACCACGGCAACGGCUAGUGGAGGCUCACAAACUGAUGAAAUACUUUAAUGAGUUUCUAGAUGGAGAGCUGAAGUCUGACGUUUUCACCAACCCUGAAAAGAUUGAAGAGGCAGCUGAUAUUAUCCAGAAACUGCACCUGAUAGCACAGGAGUUACCUUUUGACAGGUUUUCAGAAGUAAAAUCCAAAAUAGCAAGCAAGUAUCACGAUUUGGAGUGCCAACUGAUCCAGGAGUUUACCAGUGCACAAAGAAGGGGGCAAAUCUACAGGAUGAGAGAAGUAGCUGCAGUCCUGCUUCACUUUAAGGGCUAUUCCCACUGUGUCGAUGUGUAUAUAAAACAGUGCCAAGAGGGUGCCUACUUGAGGAACGAUAUAUUUGAAGAUACUACUGUCCUCUGCCAGAAUGUCAACAAGCAGGUUGGCGAUAUAUUUAGUAGCCCUGAGACUGUAAUGGCCAAACUCAUCCAGAACAUCUUCGAAAUCAGGCUUCAGAGUUAUAUAAAAGAUCAGCUGGAAGAGCACAAGAAGUCUGACGCAGAGCAGUAUCUUCAGAGCCUCUAUGAACUGUAUACAAGGACUACUAAUCUUUCAAGCAAAUUGAUGGAGUUUAACUUGGGCACUGAUAAGCAGACUUUCUUGUCUAAGCUUAUCAAAUCCAUCUUCGUUUCCUACUUGGAGAAUUACAUCGAGGUGGAAAUUGGUUAUUUGAGAAGCAGGAGCUCCAUGAUUUUGCAGCGCUAUUAUGAGUCGAAAAACCACCAGAAGAGAGCCAUUGGAAGUGGAGGCAUUCAAGAAUUCAAAGAGCGAAUACGGCAGCGGACAAACCUGCCAUUGGGCCCCAGUAUUGACACCCACGGCGAAACUUUCCUGUCCCAGGAUGUGGUGGUUAACCUUUUGCAAGAAACUAAGCAAGCCUUUGAAAGGUGCCACAGGCUUUCUGACCCGUCAGAUCUGCCGAAAAACGCCUUCAGAAUUUUCUCUUUGCUCGUGGAGUUCUUAUGCAUCGAGCACAUUGAUUAUGCUCUGGAAAUUGGGUUGGCUGGAAUUCCUUCUCCAGAUGCCAAGACUGCAAAUCUUUACUUCCUGGAUGUCGUGAACCAGGCUAAUACCAUUUUUCACCUCUUUGACAAGCAGUUCAAUGAUCAUCUGAUGCCAUUGGUCAGCUCUUCUCCCAAGCUCUCCGAAUGUCUUCAGAAGAAAAAGGACGUCACAGAACAAAUGGAGGUGAAGCUGGACAUGGGCAUUGACAGGACGCUGAAUUGCAUGAUUGGGCAGAUGAAGCACAUCUUGGCGGCGGAACAAAGGAAGACCGAUUUCAAACCAGAAGAUGAGAACAAUGUUCUGAUUCAGUACACUAAUGCCUGUGCCAAAGUCUGCAUCUAUGUCAGAAAGCAAGUGGAAAAGAUCAGGAAUUCUAUGGAUGGCAAGAACGUGGACGGUGUUCUGACGGAGUUUGGAGUUCGCUUCCACCGACUCAUCUAUGAGCACCUGCAACAAUAUUCCUACAGCUGCAUGGGGGGCAUGUUGGCAAUCUGCGAUGUGGCCGAAUACAGGAAAUGUGCCAAAGAGUUCAAGAUUGCACUGGUACUGCAGCUUUUUGACACGCUCCACUCCCUUUGCAACCUCCUUGUCGUAGCUCCGGAUAACUUGAAGCAGGUCUGCUCAGGAGAGCAGCUUGCUAUUCUGGACAAGAACAUCCUCCAUUCCUUUGUACAGCUCCGCCUUGACUACAGAUCUGCUCGCCUUGGCCGCCACUUCAGCUGAGAGCACAGAAGAAGCAAAACCCAAGUAUCUGCUGGGACUUGGCUUGCUAGAGAACACAGUGGUGGCUUCUUCUGAGGGUGGGAUGGGGGCCGGAUUGGGGAGGGGGGGAGAGAGAGAGAGCUCUCGGUAGAAAAAUGUCCAGGUGUAACUUAAACUGGGCCUUUCCAUUUGUCCUCUUUUCUUCUUCCGUGUAAAAUAAACAGCCUCCAAAAAUUAAGAUUCUGCAAAAGCACUUCCUAUUGCCUGUUCAUCGGAACACCACGUGGCCAGUUUUUCUGACUUGCUGUCUUCUGAAUGAAUUAAUUAAAUAAAAACAAAUAAAUACAUUUUCAGCA